AUGGGCAAGGUGGCAUUUGGAAGGGAAGGUGCGGAAUGUACUCGCUGGAGCUACUCCUUGGAGUACCAUCAAUCAUCAAUUGCCCCGCUUGCCUUUAUCUUUCUCAAACCUGCUGGUGUCACCAUUUACCUCCCCUUUCCCCUCGUCGCGCCCAACAUCGCUUACGAAACUACCCGGAUGUUCUGCGGAUGGCGCUUAAGAGGUGACUCGUGCGCAACCUUCAUUAUCCUUACGAUCUUCGCAUUUAUGAUCGGUGGAUUCGUCGGCGCCUCGAUUCAAUAUGCUACCUCUCAAAACAUAUAUGACCCCACCAUACGAGACUACAUUCGGCGCCAAUGGGAGGCUGAGCGCCGAGGAUGGGAGCGGGAGCGUCUCAGGAAGCGAGAGGAGGCGGUAGAGAGGCGUCGCCAAUGGGAGGCCGAAGAGGAGAGGGAGCGACAAAGGGAAGAAGAAGAGGCGGCAGAGAGGCGUCGCGAAAGGGAGUCCGAAGAGGAGAGGGAAUGGCAACGGGAAUUAGAGGAGGCGGCGGAGAGGCGUCGUCAAUGGGAGGCUGAGGAGGAGGCGAGGCAGCGUGCUCAAACCCAUUGGCUGGCAUUGGAGAGCUCGCAACAUUGCGAACGUUAUGGGACGAGGAAGUAUUGGGCGAAGAUGGGCCCCCUGGCUGGUGGCUAUGAUCCUAUGAAGGCGUGUUGGACCUCGGAGAUUGAGAUACACGGUCGGAAGAUGAAGCUGACGUAUUGCGAGGAUAAGGGAGCGGAUCAUGGGGUGUAUGGUCAUUGGAUAGUCGACUUUGACGAAGGCGGGUGUCAUCCUUGGUGGGAAGGAUUUACGGAUAAAGGAUGUACAGCUUCAGGAUCUGGUCUCCGGCGCUUUGACGCCCACCUGAUGAAUCUCGACUACGCGGACGGAUGGAACGUCAUGUGUUCUUCCACGCCAGCCGAUUUCAAUGGGUUGCAUUUCAAUGGCGCCAUGUCUUGCGUUAAUGUGCAUUGCGCUUCCCCUACUUACUAUGCUUCAUCAAAUCUGAUUACUUUCCGGCGGAUCGGCGGAUCCGGCACACAAACAAAUGAAGGCCAUUGCCAAAUACUCGGCUACAGGCGGUCACUUAUCAAUCAGCGCUCCUUGAGCGCUCCAAGUCCUCCCUUCCGAUCUUCGGCUGUUUUCAAUCUCCUACACCACUAUGCAAACUUACAACCUCCAGUUACCAUAACCUUUGAGCAGCUCAUCAAAUUCACUGCCUAUGCCUCUCGUCUCAAGGAUGAUCUAUUACUUGUCCAGCCAUCCUCUUAUUCUCUCUCACGGGGGCCACCAAUCUUAUCUCCUGCGAUACAGUUAUUCCUAUCGGAAGCUUGCUUGAUACCCCUUGAUGCCGUCCCCCAAAUCUGGGUAGCGCUUGCCAAUAUUUCAUGGACCACAAAGCUUGAGUUGGCGUCAACUGAUGGAAAUUUUGAGGCGGCGUAUAGAACCUUUGGACAUACCCGAGGAAUUUCGCCACCCUCGCAUUACUGCCUGAAUAGGAGUUGUCGACGCAACCAACAAAUGAUGAUGAAAAAAUGUGAAGUCCGGAAAGCAGUCCUUUUCACAGCUGGGCAUGGUGCGAUACCUGUCCAUUCACUUCAUCUAUAUUGUGAAUACUGCAAAGUCAACUACCACCAUAACUUUCGUGUCGUUGAAGGACAGCGAUUUUAUUAUGACACACUUCCUGAUAUCAUUCAGGUCGGUGAACAUCAAUUUGCAGAAAGAAAACUGAUCAAUCUGUGGAUAUCAAUGAUGUUAAUGGCCUGGACUUCGGCUACAAACUGUGCACGCAUUUUUAAUGCAUCAAUGACAGAAGAUGUCUUCCCUGACUGGCAGUUCAGUCUCUCCGUGACCUCAGAUCAAGUUUACGAUGGCUUUACAAUUCUAUCCCUUCUUGAAGACUGUAUUUCUCAGCAGAAAACUCUUGUCGUACCACAUGGGGGUGCAUCACGAGAUCGUUUCACCGAAGCAAUCUGCAUUCGAAACAACCGACUCCGACUUUGCAGCCAACCAGAGUUAUACCAUUACUGUAAAAAGUGCACACGUAUAUUUGAAAGUUUUUCAACAGAUCCCCAUCGAAAGACAUCUGUUAUUGUCAUUGAUGGUGUGACUGUCUCCCAUCCGUGUUGUGGUGUUCCAAACUGCAAGACUCCUUUAGCUAAUAACCAUCACCGAUUCUGUCCGGGGCACUCUCACAUGAACAGUAUCUGUUCAAUUGUUGGUUGCUCAAACCCAGCUGUUCCAGGGAGAAAGUCUUGUGGUCAUGUAGAUCAUCAACGCAUCGAGGAUGUGCACAACGAGCGUGGCCAAUCUCGAUUUCAAUUGAAGGAGCGAUAUGAACGUUCACAGCUCGCACAUCCAAAUGAUGCCGUUGGGGAACAGGUAACUAGUAUAUCCGAAAUUAUUGACGAUGACGAAGAGGAAGAAUUUGAGCCAGGAAGGGAAGGACCUGUUCCUGUAACACCAAACUCGACCGCUUCGAAACCCCGCAUUCGCGCUCAGUUUGGUCGACGCCGAACGCAUAACGAGCAACUAUUUGUUGCGCCGUGUGGAAUUAUUGUUGCUCGAGAAACCUUUUAUCACGCUGAAGCCCUCUAUAGUGUUAUCUUUUUAUUUGGUUCACGAUACUCUCUAGGAAAUGAUAAAACGAACCUACCGGCUGCCGGGUACCAUGCCAGAACACAUAUUCUUCGACAACAACUGUUCUAUUAA